AUGAUCUGCACUGACGGUCUCCUAGGGACAAUCUUCGAAAGCGAAUACCGGACUUUCGGCAACUUGCUGCUCGCUCAAGUCACGGGCUUCCGGUCCGACGUUGAUAAAGCCAUCGGCCAGAACCGGAACCUGGAGCAAGUCCUUCGUCUGUUGCUGCCUCACGAGCAGACCAUCGCUCGAGAAUUGUCCAACGGAGCCCUUAGCUCUUUUCUCGUCCCCUCUCUCACCCUUGUACAGAGCGUGUGCAAUACUCUACGAGCCGAGGCUGCGAAAGCCACGACGCUCGAGGCCGCCGGGACGACAUCUAUCCGUCGAGAGUGCGACGCCAGGGCGGAUUCCAUCGCACGCCAAGCGGCGAUAAUACUAGAUACACUACACCAGCUACUCUGCCGCGUCGAGGCCAACAAGCGGCAGCUCCAGCGGUGGGAGAAAUUGCAUUCGAGCUUCGUCGUAUCUAAAAUCGGCAUCAUGGCACCAUCGCUGUUCGGUCCCGUCGCGCAUUCUUCCCAUCACGAGGAGCAAGGGAAGCGGCUCGCCAUCAAACUUUGCCACGCCCUUCCCGAGGUGGAUCGCCGCGCCAACCCCUCGCGAGAUUCGGCUCGCUCCAGCGCGCGGCGGCAAAGACAUCUGCGGGAAGCAGUCGAGGCUUACUUCCCAGCCACCUGCGAGAGUAGUGACUGGAUUCUGGAUGAGAGCGAUCGCCGGCCGCUCUGGUGCUGCGGUGUUGCCGGCACCGGGAAAAGCACUCUCGGUUGGCGCGUUGUCGAUGCGCUGGACCGGUCAAACCGGAUCUUUUCUUCGUACUUCCUCGGUUGGCGCAAGGUUCAGUCGGCCGAGCGGGUGGCGGCAAGUCUCCUGUGGCAGCUAUGCGAUCGAGCGAACCUUCACAAUCUACCGUCGCUCGACUCGGAACCCGGACCCGCAUGUCUCCAGCACCUUCUCGACGCUCUCAAGGAUGUCUGCUCGACGAUUGGCCAGCCUGUCCACGUCGUGCUGGAUGCCUGGGACGAGGACAACAUGGACGACGUCGACGCUUUCGACGCCAUCCUUCGAUGCCUGCUCUCCCUCAAGUGCAAGCUUUUCAUCACGAGCCGGACGAGCUCCCGGCGAGGGCACUCGGUGGAUUGCGUCGAGCUCAACCUGGAUCUCGAGAGAAACGAAGACGGCAUUCGGCGAUGUAUCCGGCAAGAGCUAGACCAUCUCGCCCAGCCGACGUGCCGUGACCACGGCCGAUCCCUCCUGGAUCUCGGAGAGGAGCCGGUUCGACGGCUCAUGGCAGAGACGAACGGGUCUUUCGGGAACGCGAUCAUUCUCGCGCGCGUCGUUGCCGACGCCUUCCAUGGCGGCACACCAAUCGAUCAACUUACCAACCUUCUCGAGAAGGGGGGGCCUGGAAAGAUUGUGGCCCAAGAUCUACGAGGCCUGGAUGGCGAUGCGAGCCUCACGGGCCGGCUGGCGAGGACGACUCUAACCUGGUUAUCGCUGACCCCCUAUCCGCCUUCGCUCCGUGUUCUCGAGCCUGUGCUCUCGGCGGCUUGCUCGGACCUGUGCGACGCUCAACCAUCAUUCAGCACACAACACGUUCUGCAUCGUCUGAGGGGCCACGUCAUGGUUGACCACGGCAAUUCACUGAUUCACAUCUCCGACCUUACCAGAGAUGUCAUGGCCGAGGUCUGGUCAGGCCAAAACCAGGACGUCGUUCGCACCAUGGCCGUCCUCUGCCUCGAUACCAUCGAGCGGUCGGAUAUCAAGUCCGUUCUUCGCCCCGACGUGACCGAAGAGUCGAUGAAGACCCUCUUGCUGGAGGAUCCCCUUUUGGAUCACGCUCUGCGCUGCUGGUCGUUUUACUGCAGAGAACAGCAGCGGCAACUACCCAGCGGCCUAUCAGAACAUGCGAGCCUGGAAGGUGAUGAUGCAGCGGCCGAGCCGUCCUGUCUGGCCGUGGCUUCGGACGACGACGCCGACUGUCCCGUCGAUGGGGCUUGGACAAUGGUCGAUACGAUCGAGAGUCGCCUUCAGCAACUCUUUUGCGAAUCACUCGUCCUCCCCGUCGUCUUCGCCUCUGCGUUCUUCCAUCCUGUUCCCGAAGAAGCAGGUCUGGGGUUUCGAGAGUUGCAGUCUCGCAUCGCGUCCAUGUCCAAUCUACACUUGGCCGUGCGGCUCGGAUCGGUCACCCUCGUCGAAGCGGCCCUGGCCCUCUCUGCAUACAGUGACGAUAUCAGGUAUGGCGAAGGCCUCACGGCACUUCACGAAGCAGCAAGGAGAGGCUUCGAGGACGUUGGGGCACGCCUGCUUUCUGCGGGAGCUUCCUCGGGCGCGCUAGACGAAUCGAACCGGACGCCAGUGCAUUACGCAGGAGGCAGCCGGAGUCAUGGGCUCUUCAUGCAGCUCUUCGAGGAUUUCUGCCGCAGGCACUAUGGUGGCAAGGACGACCGCUGGCACCGUGGUGACUAUGACGACCCUGCUGUCAAUGACGACAUUUUGGAGCUGAUAAUCGGGGAUUUGACUAUACGGAUCCCGCGCUUGGAGGCUUUCUGCCGCAGGUACCGUGGUGGCAAGGACGACAUUUCGGAGCAGGCAAUCUGGGAUGUGACAGAACAGAUCCCGCGCUACGUUCAAUGCGUCACACCGAAUGGACAACCCUACGAAGCGAGACGGGACAUGGCCUUGUUGAAUGCAGUCAAACAGGGAAAGCAUGAAGUCUGUCAUUUUCUCCUCAUGUGCGGCCAGGCCGACGCCAACUGUUGCGACGACAACUCCGUUCCUGCCCUCCACGUUGCCAUCGAGCAUCAAGAUAUUAAGGCAAUGGUACACCUUCUCCAUUUCGGAGCAAAUCCAUGCAGCACAAGAGGGGAGGGGAAAACCCCAGCUGUCUUUGCAGCCAUCCGAUGGGGGUGCUAUGACGCCAUCGAUUGUCUUGUGGCGUACGGGGCAGACCAACUCACCGUCGACCCUCAAGGCCUGAAUGUGCUGAUGUUGGCAGUGAGCGAGACUCAAGGUGAGGACUCAUGUGAGAUUAUUGAAUUGUUCACCCGAAGCCCCAACUUUCAGUACAAGCGUCAGGAUGGUCGAGGGCCAGUUCACCUGGCUGCACUGCGGGGUGAUUUCGACGUCAUGCGUCUGCUGUUCACCUCUCGGCCCAUUCCCGGAGAAGAGCUGCUUGAAAUGUUGGCACCGGACGCGACGGGUAUGACACCGGCUGACUUGGCGCGAGAGCACGGCCAUGACAAGAUAUCUCGCUAUCUGGAUGACCUGUACAACUCCUGGUCCUGGGUGCUCAGCUGCUAA